AUGCGGCCCCGGGGCCUGCUGAGAGCCGCUCGCGGCCUGUGGGCCUGCAGGGGGCCCGGCCCGGCCCGGCGGCACCUCAGCGGCGGCGGCCCGCCCGUGGAGGAGCUGUUCGCCCGCGGCGGGCCCUUGCGCGCCUUGCUGGAGAGGCUGGUAGGGCCCGAAGCCCCGGCGCGUCGGGGCCCCGGGCUGGCGACCGCGGCCCGGAAGCUGCUCGAGAAGGAGCUGGAGCUGCGGGAGACGCGGCGCCUGCUGCGGGAUGAAAAUGAAGACUUAAGGAAACUUGCAGAGAGUGAAAUAACUUCAUGUCAGGAAGAAAUAACUCAGUUGAAACAGCAGAUUAUCUUCCUUUUGGUUCCCUCAGAAGAAACAGAUGAAAGUGAUUUGAUCUUGGAGGUAACCGCAGGAGUUGGUGGUCAGGAGGCAAUGUUGUUUACUUCAGAGAUAUUUGAUAUGUAUCAGCAAUAUGCUGCAUUUAAAAGAUGGCAUUUUGAAACCCUGGAAUAUUUUCCAAGUGAAAUAGGUGGCCUUCGACAUGCAUCUGCCAGCAUUGGGGGUUCAGAAGCCUAUAAGCACCUGAAAUUUGAAGGAGGCGUGCAUCGAGUGCAAAGAGUGCCAAAGACAGAGAAGCAAGGCCGCAUCCACACUAGCACCAUGACUGUGGCCAUAUUACCCCAGCCCACCGAGAUUAAUCUGGUGAUCAAUCCUAAAGAUCUGAGAAUCGACACUAAGCGAGCCAGCGGGGCCGGGGGGCAGCACGUCAACACCACAGACAGCGCAGUCCGGAUCGUCCAUCUCCCAACAGGUGUUGUUUCCGAAUGCCAACAAGAGAGAUCUCAACUAAGAAAUAGAGAGAUGGCUAUGAAAAAGUUACGUGCAAAGCUAUACAGCAUGCAUCUAGAAGAAGAAACAAAUAAAAGAUACAAUGCUAGAAAGAUUCAGAUUGGAACUAAAGGAAGGUCAGAAAAAAUAAGAACAUACAACUUUCCACAGAACCGAGUCACAGAUCACAGAAUAAACAAGUCACUUCAUGAUCUUGAAACAUUUAUGCAAGGAGAGAAUCUACUGGAUGAACUGGUACAAUCACUGAAGGACUAUUCUGAUUAUGAAUCUUUAGUAGAAAUUAUUUCUAAAAAGGCUUAAGUUAAUAUGGUAUUAAAGACUUGCAGCAGCUCUUACAUGAGUUACGAAGUUUGGAAGUAAUAAGCAUAUUUUUAAAAUGUAAAUAAUUUACAUAAAUCUUUUCAAUGUAUUAGUAAAAAAAUGUACAGUAAUGAUUAUGACUAUGGUUUUAAAUUUUGAACUCUUCCUUGCAAGAAACAAAGGAAAUGAGUCUAGUUUUAUAUAACAUUUAAUGCGAGCAAAUAAAAUUAUUAUGAAAAUCUUCAAAAAAGUAGUAGAAAUAUGGCAGUAAAUACUUUGGUCACGGUCCAGUCAGGACACAGAAACCACACCAUUAAUUUGAACAGGGAUUUUAAUACAAAGAAAGCAUUAACUAGAAAAGGAAUAAGCUAUGAGGGAAAAAAGAAAACUAUGAUAUACUGGGAUCUGAGUGAAUAUUCAAGUAAAGAAAG